AGGCUUCACGGCGACUGGCCACGCCGCCGGCAGAUGCGUGUUGAGUAGGUGGGGCGGCGCCUUGACGUGAGAGCUUCGGCACGUACAAUGUUGUGACAGAAAGUUGCCAGGUCGGGCAGCAACAGCGGCCGCACAAAGGAGCCAGCGUUGGGAAACACAAUGUGCGGAAUAUUUGCCUACCUGAACCACCUUGUUCCACGGACAAGAAGAGAAAUCAUUGAAAUCUUAUUCAAAGGGCUUCAAAGACUUGAAUACCGAGGUUAUGAUUCAGCAGGUAUUGGAAUUGAUGGAGGAAAUAACAAAGAUCGGAGCGACAAAGGGAAACAGAUCUGUAUCAUUAAAAUAAAUGGUAAAAUAAAGUUAUUGGAAGAGGAAGUACGCAAACAAGAGGAUAUUGACUUUGAUGUUGAAUAUGAAACACAUUUUGCUGCUGCUCAUAUUCGCUGGGCAACGCAUGGUGUUCCUAAUAUAGUCAACGCUCACCCACAGAGGUCGGAUAAAGACAAUGAGUUCAUCGUUAUUCACAAUGGCAUCAUUACCAACCACAAGAAUCUGCGGAAGUUCCUGGAAAGCCAAGGCUACGGGUUUGAGUCAGAGACCGAUACCGAGUCUAUUGCCAAGCUGAUCAAAUACGUCUACGACAACAGUGAGAAUGAGGAGAUCAGCUUUGCCACUUUGGUGGAGAGAGUUAUCCAGCAACUGGAAGGUGCUUUUGCCUUGGUGUUCAAGAGUGUCCACUUCCCAGGACAAGCCGUCUGCACCAGACGGGGAAGUCCUAUGAUGAUUGGUGUGAAGAGUGAACAUAAGUUUUCAACAGAUCAUAUACCUGUUCUCUAUCGCACCUGCAAAGAAUUGAAGCCAAGCUGUCCCUUGCCCCGCACUGAUGCUUCUUCCUCGUUGUACCCUGUUGGGGAAGAUAAAUCAGUGGAGUACUUCUUUGCAUCCGAUGCCAGUGCAAUCAUUAAGCACACAAACCAAGCGAUCUUCCUGGAGGAUGAUGACGUGGCAGCAGUAGUGGAUGGAUGUCUCUCUAUUCACCGUGUCGAGCGCACAGCAAGUGACUGCUCAGCGAGGGGUAUUCAGAUACUGCAGGUGGAGCUUCAACAGAUGAUGAAGGGAAGCUAUAGCUCCUUCAUGCAGAAAGAAAUCUUCGAGCAACCAGAAUCGGUGGUGAACACAAUGAGAGGACGAGUCAAUUUUGCGGACAACACAGUGAUCCUUGGAGGAUUAAAAGAUUUAAUUAAAGAUAUCAGAAGAUGCAGACGCUUGCUAAUUAUUGCCUGUGGAACCAGCUACCAUUCUGGACUGGCGACCCGGCAAAUCCUCGAGGAGCUGACCGAGCUGCCGGUCAUGGUGGAACUCUCCAGCGAUUUCCUGGAUCGCAGUACGCCCGUCUACCGAGACGAUGUCUGCAUUUUCCUCAGCCAGUCAGGUGAAACAGGAGACACGUUAAUGGCCUUGAGGUACUGCAAAGGGAGACGGGCCCUGACUGUGGGCAUCACCAACACAGUUGGCAGCUCCAUCUCCCGCGAGACGGACUGUGGUGUCCACGUCAAUGCUGGACCAGAGAUUGGUGUGGCCAGCACAAAGGUCUACAGCAGCCAGUUUGUGGCCCUGAUAAUGUUUGCCCUCAUGAUGUCAGAAGACCGGAUAUCCAUGCAGAACAGGCGGAAUGAGAUCAUUCAGGGGCUCCAGUCUCUGCCAGACCAGAUAAAGGAAGUUCUAAACUUGGACGAGCAGAUCCAGAGAUUAGCCAGCGACCUGUACCAGCAGAAGUCUGUGCUUAUCAUGGGCCGUGGUUACCAUUAUGCCACAUGCCUGGAGGGGGCGCUGAAAAUUAAGGAAAUCACCUUCAUGCACUCGGAAGGGAUCCUGGCGGGGGAGUUGAAGCACGGGCCCCUGGCGCUGGUCGAUCACCGGAUGCCCAUCAUCAUGAUCGUCAUGCAGGACCUCAUCUUUGCCAAGUGUCAGAACGCAUUGCAGCAGGUGGUGGCUCGCCAGGGUCGGCCCAUCCUGAUCUGUGGCAAGGAUGAUGAGGAGACGAUGAAGAAUGCCUACCGAGCCAUCCAGGUUCCCCACACAGUCGACUGCCUGCAGGGAAUCCUCAGCGUCAUCCCCCUUCAGCUCCUGGCGUUCCAUCUCGCCGUCCUUCGGGGCUACGAUGUGGACGACAACAAGAGGUUGAGGAAGAUCGAGGCCGAUUACGUGGUCAUGUGAGGCGCCACGCCUAUCGCAGCGACAGAGACCAACCGGCAGCUUUCUGGGAGCUCUCCUCAUCUAUGAAGCAGGUGGUGGUGGAACAGUGUAAAGUGAAGCAUGCAAGACCCACUCUUCAUUGGGAUCAUUAGAUAAUGCAAUACCUU